AUGAAAAAAACAAUAAAAAAUGAAGAACCUUUAAGAGAAAAAUUAACUUAAACAAUGUUUAAAGGAAGUUGUGAUAAUAAUCAACCUAUCUUAAUAAAAGGUUUGGGUUAAGAAUUUUCAACAAACAUUCUUGAAAACUUUUAAAGAACUCAUUCUUUCUCCAAACCAUUUCAACAAGUACCUAUAGAAGAUAAUUAAAAUUAACCAAAAACACCUACAAUGAAAAAUGACAUAGGAAUGAUUUAAUCAAUACAUAUUAAGAAACAACCAAAGGCUGCCUUUAAAAUAUCAAGGUUUGUUGGAGAUGCUAAAUGGCCAUUUUUUAGAGUUAAGAAAGAUGAAACUGUAAAGUAAUUUUGGAAUAGACGCACUUAACAAGACCAUAAUAGAAACUGGAAUAGUGAAGGAUAUUUGUUUGAAGGAAUUAUGCUUAGAAUUGGUAGAAAGAAAAAAAGUGUAAAAGGAUAUUAUUUUAAGUUGACUUAUUCUGGCAUGUUAAUGUAUUUCAAAAAAGUAUAUUUUAAAUAAAUUUAUAAUAGGAAUCAGACAAAGAGCCUAAAGGUUAUGUAUAAUUGAGUAUAGAAAGCAGAGUGAUAAUUUCAUAUUAAAAAACAAAAAAAGGAUUAAAUGUGCCAGUUUUAUAUUUAGAAAGAGUUGAAGGAAUAGGAAUAACAAUAUUUGAUCAUUAAAUUGAAUAGACACUUAAAUUAUGUGAAGCACUUUAAGAAUUUUGUUUGAUGAGAGGAUAUGAUAGUGUAUAUACUUAAAUAGAUACAUUGGGAAGUGGAGCAUUUGCUACUGUUUAUAAAGUAUAAAGAAAAAGAGAUGAAUAAUUAUUUGCUGCAAAAGUCAUUUAUAGAAAUAUGUUUGAAGAAAAUAAACAUAAAGAUAAAUUUAUAGUAUAAAAUUAUUAAACAUAUUAGUGCAGUAAAUGGUAUACAACGAAGUUAUAGCUUUAAAAACAUUAAGUCAUCCAGGAAUUGAAGAGAUCUAUGAAGUUUAUUAAGAAAAAGAUAAAUUAGUUAUCAUUAUUGAAUAUUGUUAAGGAGGAACUCUUUAUCAAUUUUAUAAAUCUAAAGGAAAAUUGUCAGAAAAGCAAAUUGCUUAAUUGAUUAAAGGAAUUUUAGAAGCUCUUUAUGAAAUGCAUUCAAAUGGAUUUGUUCAUAGAGAUAUAAAGUUGGAAAACAUUAUGUUAGAAUCUAAAGAACAUUUGCAAAUUAAAUUAGUUGAUUUUGGAUUUGCAGAAGAAAUUAAUGAAAAAGAGUUAAUAAGCAAAGCUGGUACUCCUGGAUUUUUAGCACCUGAAAUAUUCCGUGGGUAUCCUUAUACCUAGAAAGGAGAUGUAUUUAGUGCUGGUUGUGUUUUAUAUAUUGUAAUUAUCAAUUAUUAUAAUAGUUGACUGUAGGAUAUGCUCCUUUCAGAGGAAAACCAAGUCAAAUCUAAUUAUUAAAUUCUAAAGGCUAAGUAAAUUAUGAUAAAUCUCCUUGGCCUGAUGUAAGUGUUGAAUUAAAGAGUCUUGUUAAAAAAAUGUUAGAACCAAAAUAAGAAGAUAGAUUCACAACUUUAGAAGCAUUAGAAUCUUCUUUUAUUUCUCAUUAUACUAAAAUAACUUCAGAAACUAAUUAUAAAUCAUUCUAAAUGGUUUCUGGAUUAGAUUUUCACAAUAAAUAAUCUGUCAAAAGUAUUAAGAAUUCUGAAUCUAAUGGUUCUAAAUAAAGUAAAGAAUUUUAAUUAGAUUUCUCUAUUCAUACUAAUGAUAUUAAGUCACUUUAUUAAAAAAACUCAAUUAAAACUCUUUAAUCAUAAAGAUCAGGUAGAGGUACUAUAAAAUAAAGUAUGAUUCUGAAAUAAUCAAUAUCUGUUCCAAAAGAUGCUAUAAUUGAGUAAUAUUAAUAAAAGAGGAAACAAAGUCAUCCAGAUAAAUCAAGCUAUAAAGAUUCUGAUAAUGAAAUUGAUUCUUUUGGAGAAUUGCUUAAAUGUAAUAUCAAUUCGAUUUUAAUAUAGUAUAAUCGUUGAAAUUCACUACAUUUGAUGAUUUUGAUGCUCUAAAUUUUACAUAAAUCAAUUUCUUAACAGAAUCAAACUAGGUAUUCAAUAAGAUUAAAAGACCAUGGUGA